GGAGGGUGGGUCCGAGCCCAGAAGAGAAAGAGGGGCAGAGGCUGGCGGGUCAUGCCCUGGUCGCCACGCGCCGCUCUCUUCUGGGACCUGGUCCUGGGCGUAUUGGGCACCCUCGCCUUCCUGAUCGACCUGGGCGCCGACCUGUGGGCCGCGAGCCAGUAUGUGCUCAGCGGUCGCUACCUGUGGGCCGCGCUAGUGCUGGCGCUGUUGGGCCUCUCCUCAGUCGCGCUGCAGCUCUUCAGCUGGGUCUGGCUGCGCGCCGACCUCUCCAGCCCGCACGCGCCGAAGCCCCCGGGCCACUGCCUGGCGCUGUUGCAUGUCCUGCAGCUGGGCUACCUAUACAGGUGCGUGCAGGGGCUGCGGCAGGGGCUGCUGGUGUGGCGGCAGGAGGUGCCUACCCAGUUCGACUUGGCCUAUGCCGACUUCCUCUCCCUGGACAUCAGCAUGCUGCGGCUCUUUGAGACCUUCCUGGAGAUGACACCGCAGCUCACACUGGUGCUGGCCAUCAUGCUGCAGAGCGGCAGCGCCGAGUACUACCAGUGGGUCAGCAUCUGCACGUCCUUUGUGGGUGUCUCGUGGGCACUGCUUGACUACCACCGGGCCCUGCGCACCUGCCUCCCCUCCAAGCCCCUCCUGGGGCUGGGUGCCUCCGUGAUCUACUUCCUGUGGAACCUGCUGCUGCUGUGGCCCCGAGUCCUGGUCGUGGCCCUGUUCUCGGCCCUCUUCCCCCGCUGUGUGGCCCUGCACUUCUUGGGCCUGUGGCUGGUGUUGCUGUUCUGGGUGUGGCUUCAGGGCACGGACUUUAUGCCAGAUCCCUGCUCCGAGUGGCUGUACCGGGCGACGGUGGCCACCAUGCUUUAUUUCUCCUGGUUCAACGUGGCUGAGGGCCGAACCCGAGGCCGUGCUACCAUCCACCUGGCGUUCCUCCUGAAUGAUAGCCUUCUGCUGGUGGUCGCCUGGGUGACUCAGAGCACCUGGCUGCCCAGCGGUUGCCUGCUGCAGAGGCUGCUGCCUGCGGCCGGCGCCUGCUUCCUCCUGGGGCUGGCUCUGCGGCUGGUCUACUACCGCUGGCUGCACCCCAGCUGCCGCUGGGAGCCUGACCAGGUGGACGGGACCCGGGGUCUGCACUCCCUCGAGGGGCGUCAGCUGCCUCAGAACAGGCGCAUGGCCCAUUUGGCUAAGAACUUUUUCCCCAAAGGUAGGGAUGAGGCUGCUUUGCCAUGGAAGGGAGAGGUGAAUGGUGUCCUUUGAGGCAGGGUCAGACCCAGCCAAGGGGACUGAAGGCCAGAUGGAAUCAGUUGGUAGAAUGUAGAAGAUAAGCUGCUUAUGCUGCUGUGGGCCUUGAUUCACUCAACGAGCACUCGAUGCCUGAUCUGUGCCAGGCGCUGGAGACCAGAGUUGAGUAAGACAGAGGCCUGCCCUCAAGGAGGAGAACAAGACGAGAAGGGCUGGGCCCUGGAGGGUCCAGGGCCCCAAUUAUGUAUGAAACACUUUGGGAGGAAAGAAGAGACCGCCUCUUCCCUUCCCCCCAAACAAGUAUAACCCCAAAGCAUCCCAGUGUUGGUAUUUUUACCUCCCUGGCUACCUCUAAAAUAAUUGGUGGAGCUGUUGUCCCACCCUUGGUUCCCCUGUCCUGGGCUGGAAGGCCCCAGGACCUCCAGGAUGUGUUCUCUGGAAUUCUUCCUCCCCUGCCCCACCCCAGUCAUUCAAUUCAUUUAGCAAAUGUUUACCGAGGGCCUUUUACGUGCCAGAAGCAUCAUUCUAGCCUUGGCAGAUCAGCUGCCAUUCCACCUUCACCCCUUACCCUCUCCAGAUACUCCAGAACAGGCUCUCAGGCUGGAAGCCAGGGAUGCCCGACUGCCUGUCAGCCCUGUCAGCCCCUCCAAGGCCUUAGUGCAGCUGGCCCGGCCUCUGCCUCUGCUCUCAAGGGGCGACCUUUCAACCAAGUGCCUUGUGAACCUGCGGUCUGGGCCGUGGCUCGGCCCGCUGAGUAUGUUUUUGUGCUUCAGGCAGUGUACUUUCUACCUCAGUCUGUGUGGGUGGAAGAGGUGUGUAUAUCUGCGUCUCUGUAAGCGAGAGACACGUGUGUUGUCUUUGUUGAACAGUAUUAUUAGAUUAUUAUUAAAACCUCAUGAAAUCCCCUAGCCUAGUUGUGUCAUUAAAUCCGCCACCAAGUUCAAAGCUGCCUGGAAAAAAGGGGUCAGGGACGCAAAGUCCUCCUCUCAAAGUCGGUAAAGGCCCUGGGACCAGAGAAGAGGGCUGGCUUAGGCAAGACUUCUUAACCUUGUUUUCUAAGCGUCAGGAGCUGGUGAGCCAGUGUGGUGUUGACCGCUCAGGUGGGCAUCAGAACCCAGAUCUGGGCUGACUCUACCUUGUGCUCUUAGCCGGCUCUGCUGCUGGGCCUGGCGGGAGUAGGUACACCUUUGGUAUCAGGAAGUGAAUACGCGAGCGCAGGUGAAGGAAGGUCUUUUUGCUGGGAGGUCACUGGGAGCGAUGCAGUGAUGACAGGGGAUGUGGAUGUGGGCAGUGGUGUUGGGGAAGUCUGUGAUUUGGAGAAAGAAGGAGCAGGGAAAGGGCUCUGGAGACAGAAGGAAAUCAUCACCACUGGGACGGGAUCCAGGAGAGUCUGUUAUUCAUUCAUUCAUCUAGUGGAGACACAGUAAACAGAAUAAGUGAAAGAAUGUAUCAGAUAGUGUUAAGUGCUAAAAGAAAAAUAAGGUAGGGAGAGUGCGUGUGUGUUGUAGGUGGGAGUUACAAUUUUAUAUAGAAUGGCCGGGAAGGCCUCCCUGAGAAACUGAUAUACGCCCUAAAGGAGGUGAGGAUGACAGCCACGCAGAUGUGCUUUAUUCCAGACACCAAGUCAGCAGUGACUGGAUGAAGGAGGGCUUGUAGCAGUUAUACUGGCCUGGAGCCAAGGCUGACACAGAGAUGAAGGUUGGGAGCAGGGAGGAACUCUGGGAAGAUGAUGCUGGUGCUUUUUACAUACACAGAAUGGUAGAGGUAGAAAGGAUCUCCAGGAUCACUUAGUCCAAUGAUUUUCAGACUUCUGAAUUUCAUGAACCAAUAUAAUGGCCAACAUGGUUGCCAAGUUAACUUUAAUGAAAAAGGGCAUAAAAACUACCACCAUCUAUUAUCUUGUCUUAUGAAAGGACAUAUAACCUCAGAAAAAGGAUCAUUUUUUUAAUUGACUAUAAACACACAUUUGCACACACACAAAAGUGAAAUCAUUAUUUUUCUCAACUCAUAGGGAAUAUCAAGGGUUGAGACCUCAGAGAGCAGGCUUGGCCUUUAUAAAUCCCUGGGCUUAGUGUCCAACCUAGCCUCAAACAUAGCUUCUAAGGGGUUCACUAAAACAAAUACUUGCUCUCAACUAUACUUCAAUUAAAACAAAACAAAACAAAACUUGCUACAUUGACUUUUCUCUACUUCUUCCUGUCAUAUGUGGAGAAGACUAGGCUCUGGGGAGAUGCCAUACAUGCCCAAACAGAUGAUGCAGUGUAGUGUCUCAGGCUAUUUCCCCUGAGAAAAUCCAAAGAGAUGUUUAAUUUUUUGGCUAAGCUCUCAUCUGUAUUCUCUAGAUGAAAUUGUCAAAGAAGGGUAACAGGUAUGUAAUUUAAAAAGCUGUGGAAUUUAGUGGUCGUUUCAUUUGUAAAUAA